GGAAGGACGGACAGACAGACGGACAGAGUGAUUACUAUAGGGCACCCGUAUCUCCGAUAAAAAAGGCCUUCACACGGCGGUCAUGAACCUGGAAAUAUUAGUAUAUCUAGUAAAUUGAUUACAUGUAAAUGAACAUGUGUGGGAUAAAGCGGCGGGUCGAAAUGUGUGACGGUUACCCUGUGUGUCACAAUCUAGAACAUUAACAUGCGGUCAACACAUCAUAUAAAAUGAUAUUACGAGGGACGCAUACCACUGUUAGCUAAAGCCUCCAUAAGGGUGUAUUUGACAUAAUAGUGACCUUGCUGUUGCCAUGGAGAUCCGGAAAAUUGAGGACAGAGGAGGGGAAGCGAUACUUACCAAAUACUAUGACGGAAUUCAUUUCACACCAAAAACUCCUGGGAAUGUGAAAGACCAUUUAGAGGCAAUACAGAACUUAAAUUACAAGAAGGGCGAUGUACUUAUCGAUACUUUCCCUAAAACUGGAACACACUGGACUUUCGACAUUGUGAAAAUGUUGAAAAACGAACAAGCCAAAUACAGUUCCGGAACAAUGAUGCCUUUAGACUUCACACCAAGCACUAAAAUCGAUGCCUUAGACAGCCCUAGAGUUCUGGUGUCUCAUUUCUAUCCUCAACAUAUUCCGAAAUUUGUUCUAGACGAGAAAUGUAAAAUCGUCUAUGUCUACCGGAACCCAAAGGAUACAGCCGUAUCUAUGCACUCUUUCCUGAAACGACUAAACACCGAAGGAAUAAAAGGUUAUAAAGGCACAUGGGAACAUUUCUUUGAAUUAUUCACCACAAAGUCAGUGCCAUAUAACUCGUGGUUCGAACAUGUGAAAUCAUGGCUGGACUUUAAAAAGAAAAAUCCGGACCUGCCUAUUCUGAUGAUAUCAUUCGAAGACAUGAAAAAGGACCUUAGAAGCUGUGUUCAAAAGAUUGCAGAACAUCUUGGUACCAAACAAGACCCAGACUUUCUUGACGAAGUGACAAAUAAAUGUCAGUUUAGCGCCAUGUCGAAAGCAAAGAGCACAAACGAAAUCGAGACGGCGAUGAGCACAGACGGCAGCAAUCCAUUUUAUCGGAAAGGUGAUGUAGGCGAUUGGAAGAACUGGUUAACUGUUGCUCAGAAUGAAAUGUAUGAUGCCUUGUUAAAAGAAAGUAUGGCUGACAUCGAUCUAGAAGUGAAAUAUACCUUGAAAUAGACAUUUACCACAACUGGUUAUAACUGCAUCGCAAUUUCUAUCGUUUUAAUGCUUUCAAUCUGUGAAUGUACAUUGACAACGAUGUUGGUGUGGAAACCCAUGCUCAUUGGUUUGGGAUAAGUAAAGAAAA